GGCGCCUGCGAAUGACGUCAAGCGGGCGCCUGCACUUGCGCGCUGUUUCCCUCCGCGGAGCUCAUAGUAUCUCCCAGCUACCCGGGCUGCAGCCUGCGCUGGGUUCAAGCCGAAGAUCAUGAACCGCAGCCGCCAAGUGACCUGCGUGGCCUGGGUCCGCCGCGGCGUGGCCAAAGAGACGCCAGACAAGGUAGAGCUAAGUAAAGAGGAAGUGAAACGUCUCAUUGCUGAAGCAAAAGGAAAAUUACAAGAAGAAGUCGGGAGUGAGGAAGAGGAGGCAGGCAGUCCUUCAGAAGAUGGCAUGCAGAGUGUCCCGACCCAGGCACGGCCUAGGGAGCCCCUGGAGGAUGGGGAUCCACAAGAUGACCGCACACUAGAUGAUGACGAGCUGGCAGAGUACGACUUGGAUAAUUAUGACAAAGAAGACAGCCCAGAUGCUGAGACCAUUGGCGAAUCUCUGUUGGGUCUUACAGUCUAUGGCAGUAAUGACCAGGAUCCAUAUGUCACCUUGAAAGACACGGAACAGUAUGAGCAUGAAGAUUUCUUGAUUAAGCCGACUGACAACCUCAUCGUUUGUGGCCGUGCUGAACAGGAGCAGUGCAAUUUAGAGAUACAUAUUUAUAAUCAAGAAGAGGAGUCUUUCUAUGUCCACCAUGACAUACUGCUGUCGGCAUACCCUCUGAGUGUGGAGUGGCUGAAUUUUGAUCCUAGCCCAGAUGCAUCUACUGGAAAUUAUAUUGCUGUGGGAAACAUGACCCCUGUCAUUGAGGUGUGGGACCUGGAUAUAGUGGAUUCUCUAGAACCAGUCUUCACACUGGGAAGCAAGCUUUCCAAAAAGAAGAAGAAGAAAGGGAAGAAGAAUUCCUCAGCAGAAGGACAUACUGAUGCUGUCCUUGACCUCUCCUGGAAUAAGACAGUCAGAAAUGUGCUGGCAAGUGCAUCCGCAGAUAGCACUGUAAUCCUCUGGGAUCUGUCUGUGGGGAAAUCAUGGCGGUUCAGUGGGCAGAUCGAGAGAGUGACCUGGAACCACUUCUCACCGUGUCAUUUCUUGGCCAGUACGGAUGAUGGCUUUGUAUAUAAUCUGGAUGCACGUUCAGAUAAGCCAAUUUUUACACUUAAUGCACACAACGAUGAAAUCUCUGGUCUGGAUCUGAGCAGUCAGAUCAAAGGCUGCCUUGUAACUGCUUCCGCAGACAAAUUUGUGAAGAUCUGGGACAUCUUAGGAGAUAGGCCAAGUCUCAUUCAUUCCAGAGACAUGAAAAUGGGAGUUCUCUUUUGUUCUUCAUGCUGUCCUGAUUUGCCAUUUGUUUAUGCCUUUGGAGGACAGAAAGAAGGGCUUCGGGUUUGGGACAUAAGCACUGUCUCUUCAGUAAACGAAGCAUUUGGAAGACGGGAGAGACUGGUUAUUGGCAGCACAAAAGGUUUAUCUGUUAAUGGCCCCUGUGGGAGCAGGAGCCCACAGACACCAAUGGAGUCCUGACAAAGAUCAGUUUCCUGGUGUGCUUACCUAAACUCAGUUCCCAUUGCCAUUCCUUUCUGCAGCUUUGGUGGCAGUCUGCAACCUUUGGACUGUCUUCAACUGGACAGAGUUCUUACAUUUCUUCAAAAUAAAGAUUUUUUAAAAAUGAUUCCUUAAACCGGUCAUCUGACCCAGGAACUGUAGGUUUAUAAAAUGCAUGGAUUUUCUGAGACGGGUCUUGCUGUGUUAGCCAAGCUGCUGUGGUGGCUCAUGCUUGUCCCACACUGGGGAGGAGAGAAAGGGGCAGAUGCCUAGGACCCGUGGCCAGCCAGCCUGGCCUGCUCAGGGAUCCACCUCUCUCCUUCUUCCUUUGCACAGUAGGUUCUAGAAGUGAAUGCCCUUGUGUUUACAAAUCAAGCAUUUCACUCACUGAGCAGUGUCCUAGCCCAUUGUUUUUAAAAUGUGAUCCCUAAAGGCAUUUUCACCUUUUGAAUAUUAAUCAUAUUUUGACAGUGCUACCACCUUUUGGUUAUUUUCAGGGAUAUUUUCUUUCAAAUGUCAAUAUUUUUAGAAUGGGGAUUUAGUUCAUACAAUUUUCUGUGAUGAAAAUAUUUUACUAAAUAGACAACAGGCUGUCAAAGUAGUAUUCUAUAACCUUGUAAAUUUUGGUUCCAGUAAAUUCUCCGUCUAGUUAUUUUAAAUAAACUUGAACUUCUCAAGCC